CUGUGCAGACUCUGGACAGCUCCCUGCAGCUCUACAUCACUAUAUCCCUUUACCAAUCUUUAUCACUAAAUCAUCUAUCCUUUAUCCAUCUUCCACAUCCCUAAAUCUCUGUCAUUUCUCUCUCUUGCUCUAUCCCUGUAUCAAAUUCUUUCCAAUUUUCCCUAAAUCCCCACAUUUCACUGUCUAUUCCUGACAUUGCAUUUCUUGUUAUUUUUCUUACUACACUGCAAAUCCAUUCAUUUCCUUACACAUCACAAUGCUCAGCUACAACCUGGAACGUUCAAUGGGUCCUGUCACCUACCGCAGAUCUCCAGGGGAAUCUUAUCUUCGCUCCAGCUCUGUCUCCCUUGCUCACAGUGGAAGCAGCAGUUUUCAAUCCCAGAUCCGGAGCCGCCGUAGCAUCCCUUCAUACAGCGAAAGCCAAGAGCCUUCCAAUGGACCCCGAGAUGAGAAGGAGGCCUUACAAGGGUUGAAUGAGAGGUUUGCUGGGUACAUAGAUAAGGUACGUAGGCUAGAAGAACAGAACAGGAAUUUACAACAAGAGGCAGAAGCUCUGAAGAAACAGCAGGCCGGGUUCUCUGCCAUAGGGCAGCUAUAUGAAAGGGAAAUCCGAGAUAUGCGUAACCAGCUACUGAAGAUCAACUCUGAAAAUGGUCAAGAACAAUUAGAGAGGGACCGGUUGAGUGAGGACAUAGAACUUCUGAGAAUGAAGACCCAAGAAGAAGAGAGAGUAAGAGAUGAAGCACUUGCUGCUGAGAGGGCACUGAGACAGUACCUGCAGGAGUGUAGUCUGGAGAGAGAUCAAUUGGGUAGAAAGGUACAGGCUCUUCAGGAUGAAGUAACCCAGCUGUGUAAAGGCCACCAGGAGGAUGUAGAGGAUAUACUGAAGGAGAUACAAGGCAGCCAGUUUUCUGUACAGCAACAUGGAGAAGUACCGAGCAUGGAGCUAGCAUUGGCUCUGAAGGAUAUAAGGUCUCAGUUAGACAACCACAUCAAUAGAAACAACGUGCAAAACCAGGAGUUUUUUCAAGUGAAACUGAGCAAACUUAAUGAGGCCUCCCAUGUGAACACUCAGGCAAUUCGCUCUGCCAGCGAUGAGAUCACUUCCUACAGGCACCAGCUGCAGAACCAGGUCACCCAGCUGGAGGUUCUAAAGGGUUCACAACAAUCCCUGGAGAGACAGUGUAUGGAUAUGGAAGAUCGCCAUCAGGCUGAAAUGAAUUCCUAUCAGGAUACCCUGCAGCAACUGGAAAAUGAGCUCAGAAACACUAAGUGGGAAAUGGCUGCCCAGAUUCGAGAAUAUCAGGACCUACUGAAUGUAAAAAUGGCCCUGGAUAUUGAGAUUGCAGCCUAUAGAAAGUUACUGGAAGGUGAGGAAUGUCGAAUUGGGUCUGGUUUUGACUUUUUCCCAUUUGAAGAAAGGUCUCCAAAGAUCCCAAGUACACCAAAGCAUAUAAAAGUGAAAAAGGAAGAAAAGAUAAAGAUUGUUGAAAAGUCAGAUAAAGAAACUGUGAUUGUGGAAAAACAGACAGAAGAAACCCAUGUUACAGAAGAAGUGACAGAGGAAGUGACAGAAGAAGAAGAAAUUGUCGGCUCUCCUGAAGAUGAACAGGUAGAUGAAGGCAAGAAAACACCACAAGAACCUCCUGAGCUUCAAACUGAGACAGAGUCGGAAGAGGCUACAGAUGAAGAAGAGACUAUAAGCAAGGAAGACAGAGAAAAAAAGGAGACAGAAGACAAGGAGGCAUCUAAGGAAGCUAACAAAAAAGGAGAUACCGGCAAAAAGGAUCCUGAGCCAAAGGUGGAAGACAAGAUGCAAAACAAUGAAAAGGAAUCAACAAAGGAAGAUGAGAAGAGCAAACCAACAAAAACAGAUAAAAAGGAGGAGCCAGCUAAAAAAGAUGAAAAGAAGGAGCCAGUCAAAAAAGAAGAGAAGCCACAGCCAGUAAAGAAAGAGGAAAAAGAAGAAUCCAUUAAGAAGGAAGAUAAGGCUGCAAAGAAAGAAGACAAAAUAGAGUCAGCAAAGAAAGAGGAAAAGAAAGAUCCCGCUAAGAAAGAACCAGUUAAUGAGGAAGAAUCAAACAAAAAGGAUGAAAAGGAACCAGCUAAGAAAGUGGAGAAGAAGGAGUCUAAGGAAGAAAAUGAGCCAGUCACAAAAGAUGAAAAGAAGCCUGCCAAGAAGGAAGAAAAAAAAGAGCCCUCUAAAGAAGAGGCACCUGAGAAAAAGGAGUCAACUAAAUCACAAGAGAAGAAGGAACCAGCCAAGACUGAGGAGAAAGAGUCAGCUAAGGCAGAGAAGGAGUCAGCCAAGAAAGAGGAAAAGGAGCAAGUCAAAAAAGAGGAAAAAGAGCCAUAUAAAAAAGUAGAGAAAGACAAGGUAAAGAAAGAUGAGACUAAAGAGCCAGCAAAGAAAGAUGAGGAUGCCCCUAGGAAAGAAGAGAAAGAAGCCCCUAGGAAAGAAGAGAAAGAAGCCCCUAGGAAAGAGGAGAAAGAACCUACUAAGAAAGAAGAAAAGCCUGCUAUGAAAGAAGAGAAGCCAGUUAAGAAAGAAGAGAAAGAAGCUGCAGCUAAGAAAGAGGAGAAGAAAGAGCCUUCUAAGAAAGAUGAAAAUGAGCAAGCUAAGGAAACUGAAAAAGGUGAGACUGUUAAAAAAGAAGACAAGAAACCACCAGCCAAGAAGGUUGAAAUUCCUAAAAAAGAACAGGCACCCAAAGAGGAAAAGAAAGAGCCGUCCAAGGCAGAAGAAAAAACAGUAUCUGCAAAAGAAGACCAGAAAACCAUAAAAAAAGAAGAAAAAGAGUCUACAAAAAAAGAGGAAAAGGGAGAUGUAAUAAAUAAAGAGACUGAUAAGAAACAAGAAAAAGCAGAUACUGUAAAAAAGGAUGAAACGAAAGAAACUGUGAAAGAGAAAGAGGCUAUGGAGAAAAAAGAUGAAAAGUCAAAAGCAGCUAAGAAGGAAGAGAGUCCAAAAACAGAAGAGAAACAAAAAACCCUAGUAAAAGAAGAAAAAAAGGAGGCAGCCAAAGAAGAAAAGAAAGACCCAGCUGAUAAAGUGGAUGUGAAACCUACAAAGGAAGAGGAGAAAAAGGUAUCCAAAGCAGAAGAAAAAGAGAAAGAGCCACCUAAACAGAAAACAGAAGUACCAAAAAAAGAAAAAACACCCAAGGAUGAGAAAGUAAAGGAGGACAGUCUAAAAGUAGAACAAAAAUCUAAAGAAACAAAGGGAACCAAGAAGGAAAUUAUUAGUAGUACACAGGUUGUGAAGUCAAAGACAGAGAAAAUAGAGAAGUCUUCUAGUACAGAACAGGAUGUAAAUGAGUCCACUCAAGAAACAAAGAAGAGUGAGAAGUAAACAAGCCUUCUGGGCUAAACAAUCAGAGGGUUAAAGCCACCAAAGAGAUCACUCUAGGUCCCCAAUCUUACUCUGGAACUGUCAAUCACAGAGACUACUUUAAAAUGGUGAAACCUACUGUACUGCUAAACAGAAGGGACAAUGUGUUCAAUGCUGACUUGUGUGAUUGGGAGCAGCGGGUGCUCUCCAUCUCUCACAAGUAUAGUGGUUCAGAUAAAUUCUUAAGAAAACUCAACACUUAUGAGCUAGAAACAUAUGAAUACACUUGGGGGAUAUGUAUUUAGGGUAUCUGUGGUCACAAAAUGAGAUUAUAACAAUAUCACAUUGCAUCCCUUCACUUUAAUUGGCACAUUUAAGGCUCUGGUUAUUCCACUUGGGAUGAUGGUUUAUAUACAUAGGAUUGAGAAAUAACCAUAAUAGAAUCAAUUAUUGGAGAAAAAUUAAUAGAGCAUCUAGGAAUCAAUUAAGUGAAGAAUUAUCGCAAAUUAAAUGAUCAACUGGUACAUGAUGUUAACGAUCAAUUAAAAUUAAAUUGCUUGAGAUAAAUUUUAAUAUAUUUAUUUUGGCAGAAUUAAAGUAUCAAUUACAUUUAUCUCAGAAGGAUAAGGCCGAUUAUUGAGGAAAUAUAUGAAUAUUGUUCUAAUUAUUUAAUGUUGGGUGGAAAAUUAGGGACAGUUAGUUCAGACAAUUACAGGUCAAUUACUGAUGCACUCUGUGGUUGCUUAGUCAAGACAUUAUAAAAAGCCGUAAAAGAAAUACUUCCAGUAUUGCAAUUUAUACCCAAAUGUUUGAGGCAAUCCCUUAAAACAAAAAAGCUAAAUUUGUAAUCUAGGUUUUAAAAACCUAAACCAGCUAUUAGAUGUUCAGCUUUUACAGAUUAAUGAGUUUUCUGUUUGGCCUCCUUAAGGAUGUGUGUAAUUACACAAAAAAACAAGGAGGUAUUUAGUCUAAUUUUUAAUAUAAAUGUUAGUACAUGAUCAAGUGAAGGUGCUACAAGCAUUGCUAUUAUAAAGAGAACUCUAUAUUGACAAAGAGAUCAGGGUCCAUAUCCCUCUAGUGCCACUGUAUGGUUAGUAAUGUAACAGUAGAUUCACUCAUAAGAAUGGGUUAGACUAAAACUCAGAGCUUGAAAAUAACAAUUACUGCCCUUCCAGUAUAAGUGCAUUAUCAGGGUAAGGGGUUUGUGGGUUACACAUGCAAUAACAAUAUAUAUCACAGCUUUCAGGGUGAAAAUGAUGCUCAGCCAGCUGCAGAUUAUGUUCUUAACAUAUUAUUUAAUGUACAGAGAUAAAUUCAGGGAAAAGAAGCAGAUGGGUAUAUAAAGAGCCAUAUACACAGAGGUCAACUACAUUGUAUUUAGUAAUGCCCUUAGGUAUUAUUCCCAAUGGUUACUACAUUAUAUCAGGGUGGGGCAUAAAGAUCUCCUACAUUUUGAAGGGGUAUAAAAAAUUAACGAAGCUAUCUAAGAAAAAAAAGGUAUAUAUUUCUGAAAAGUACAUAAAAAUCAGUUGUGUUUUUAAUGGAUUUUAAAAAUCAUAUCAGACAAAUGGCGGCCUUACGUUGUUGAAGACGUUCCCGAAAGUUCUCCAUCACUCUCCGGGUCAUUUCAGGUGGCAUGGUGUUGAUUUUCUGUCUGAUCCUUUCCUUCAAAUCCUCAAGAGAUCGAGGACAAUGUUUGAAAACCUUUUCCUUUAGGUAUCCCCAAAGAAAAAAGUCACAUAGGCUUAAAUCUGGUGACCGUGCCGGCCACUUCACAUCUUCCCUUAAAAAAAUCAAAUGCCAAGGGAAAAUUUCCCUCAGCACUCCGAGUGAACGUCGUGCUGUGUGAGCUGUGGCCUGUCCUGUUGAAACCACACAUAUUGUUUAUACACAUUGUCCAGUUUGGGGCACAGAAAGAUCUCCAACAUUUCAACGUACCGGUCGGAGGUCACAGUUACUGUUGCACCACCUUCCUUAAAAAAGUACUGCCCGAACACACCAAAUUUGACAACUGCACACCAAACAGUUACACAAGAAGAGUGGAGCGGCCGUUCGUGGAGUUCAUGAGGAUUAUGUUCAGCCCAGUAGCAAUAAUUCUGCUUGUUUACAACUCUACUGAUAUGGAAGUGAGCCUUAUCACUAUUCAUAAGAACAGCUGCAGCGGGAACCUGUUCAAGAAUUUCCUCACUUAGGGCUCUGCGGUUGGCGUGAUCUCUCUCGCUUAAUUAUUGAGUCAACAUCAUUUUGUAAGGAUGCAGUUUUAUAUCAGCAUGCAGAAUCCUCCUUAAACUCCGACUUGAUAUCCCCAGUGCCAUGGCAUGCUUAUGAACAGAACGCCUUGGCAUUCUAACGGUCCUAGGUCUGCCAGGUUAUUUUCUUUUCAGUGUGGAUCCAGUUGCCCGAAUCGUGUUCCGAUCUGGUACAGAUGCAUUUCUACUGAGCACGAAGUGUGUACGGAACGCUAUCUGCGUUGCUAUCACGGAACGUUUUUUCUCGUAAUAUGCUUAAACAACAAAGCCCAGAUGUUCACCGGUCCAACUCAUGAUGGGUACUGAAAACGGUAAAGCCUAACCUAUCGAAUGAGACCAAUCCCACUUAUCUACCACCACUAAAGCCCACACAGUGCCUCUUCAAAAUGUGUGAGAUCUUUAUGCCCGACCCUGUAUUAAGUGAUAUUUUAAAUAUUUGACAUUUUAUGUUAGCUAAACUAAACUAAACUAAAACACACACACACCAAACAAUGCAUAUUGAAUGUACUGCUUCCAAUGGGGGUUAAGGAGAAUUGAAUUGGAAAAGAACAGUUGAAACCAACCAGGCACCUUAAAGGUACAUGAAACACAAUUUUUUUUCUUUCAUGAUUAAGAAAAAGCAUGCAAUUUUAAACAACUUUCUAAUUUACUUCUAUUAUUAUAAUUUGCUUCUUGAUAUUCAUUGCUGAAAAGCAUAUCUAGAUAGGCUCAGCAGAUGCUGAUUGGUGGCUGCACAUAGAUGCCUCGUGUGAUUGGCUUACCCAUGUGCAUUGCUAUUUCUUCAACAAAGGAUAUCUUAAAAGUGAAGUAAAUUAGAUAAUAGAAGUAAAUUGGAAUGUUGUUUAAAAUUGUAUUCUCUAUCUGAAUCAUGAAAGAAAAAUGUGGGGUUUAGUGUCCCUUUAAGUUAAUGCUACCUACAUAUGCAUUUUAAAUUUUGGCUUUUAAAAACAUUCGGCUAGAUUACGAGUUUUGCGGUAUGAGUGAAAAAGCAGCGUUAAGGCUCUUUUUCACUAGCGCUGGUAUUAUGAGUUUUGCAGGUUUAGCUGCACCGCACACUUUUUUGGCCGUAACGCAACGUAACUACCACAGCUUUCCAAAAGUCCUUUUUCAAUGGGACUUCCAUAGCGCCGGUAUUACGAGUUUGCCUGGGAGGCCAAAAAGUGAGCGGUACAGCCUAUACCGUCAAGAUCCAUACUGUAAACUGAAAGUCAGUAGUUAUGGGUUUUACGCUACAAAGCCGUAACAUAAAACUCAUAACUAAAGUGUUACAAGGUACAGUAACACCCAUAAACUACCUAUUAACCCCUAAACCGAGGCCCUCCCGCAUUGCAAGCACUAUAAUAAAAUGAUUAACCCCUAAUCUGCUGCUCCGGACAUCGCCGCCACUAUAAUAAACAUAUUAACCCCUAAACCACCGUACUCACGCAUCGCAAACACUAGUUAAAUAUUAUUAACCCCUAAUCUGCUGUCCCUAACAUCACCGCCACCUACCUACAUUUAUUAACCCCUAAUCUGCCGCCCCAACGUCGAUGCCACUAUACUAAAUUUAGCUGUGAAAUAAAAAUAAAACCUAAGCUAGAUACAAUGUAACUAUUAGUUAUAUUGUAGCUAGCUUAGGGUUUAUUUUAACCCCUUAAUGACCACAAUGUACCCUGUAUGUCACUGGUCGUUAAGGGUUUUUUCAGGACAUAAUAGCACAAGUCUAGCAAGAACACGCUAUUAAUGCCCUCCAGAAGGCUUUGUGGAAUAGAGCAGUCGCAACGCUGGUGGCAAAACCGCGCUUUAAAACAAUCAAGUCCCAAAAAAAGGCCAGCGACAUACAGGGUACGUCGCUGGUCCUUAAGGGGUUAAAGGUAAGUAUUUAGUUUUAAAUAGGAAUUAUUUAGUUAUUAAUAGUAGGUUUUAUUUAGAUUUAUUUUAAUUACAUUAAAGUUAGUGGGUGUUAGGGUUAGAGUUAGGGUGAGGUUUAGGGGUUAAUAAAUUUAGUAUAGUGGCGGUGACAUUGGGGGCGGCAGAUUAAGGGUUAAUAAGUGUAGGUAGGUGGCGGCGACAUUGGGGCAGCAGAUUAGGGGUCAAUAAGUGUAAUGUAGGUGGCGGCGACAUUGGGGCGGCAGAUUAGGGGUUGAUAAGUGUAGGUAGGUGGCGGCGACAUUGGGGGCAGCAGAUUAGGGGUUAAUAAAUGUAAUGUAGGUGGCGGCGACAUUGGGGCAGCAGAUUAGGGGUUAAUAAGUGUAAUUUAGGUGGCAGCGACAUUGGGGGCUGCAGAUUAGGAGUUAAUAAGUGUAGGUAGGUAGGUGGCGGCAACAUUGGGGGCAGCAGAUUAGGGGUUAAUAAGUGUAAUGUAGGUGGCGGCGACAUUGGGGGUGGCAGAUUAGGGGUUAAUAAGUGUAGGUAGGUGUCGGCGAUGUUGGGGGCGGCAGAUUAGGGGUUAAUAAGUAUAAUGUAGGUGUCAGCGAUGUCGGGGGCAGCAGAUUAGGGGUGUUUAGACUCAGAAUUUAUGUUAGGGUGUUAGGUGUAAACAUAACUUUUCUUUCCCCAUAGGAAUCAAUGGGGCUGCGUUACGGAGCUUUACGUUGCUUUAUUGCAGGUGUUAGGCUUUUUUUCAGCCGGCUCUCCCCAUUGAUGUCUAUGGGGAAAUCGUGCACGAGCACGUAAAACAAGCUCACCGCAGCGCUGGUAUUGGAGUGCGGUAUGGAGCUGAAUUUUGCUCUAUGCUCACUUCUUGCCUGCUAAUGCCGGGUUUAUGAUAACCUGUAAUACCAGUGCUGUAGGUAAGUGAGCGGUGACAAUAACUUGCAAGUUAGCACCGCGCCGCUCAUAACGCAAAACUCGUAAUCUAGCCGUAUGUCUUUAAGGAGAUUUGAACCUAAAAUAUUAUCAGGAGUAAGGGGGAAAAAAAGUAUGUUCUAUCAAUUUAGAUAUAUAUUGCUUGAAGUUAUAAUGCAAAAUAGUAAAUACAUCAAUAUGCUUUUUACAAACACUUUUUUGGAAAGAUGAAUCAAUAUAAUAAUUAUUAAUGUCAUACUUUAAAAGAAAUCCUGGGGGGGGGGGUCAUAAAAGAGACCAAUAGCUUAAUAGCAUAAUGAUGUUGAUGUAUCUGUUAAUCAUAAAAUUAUAAAGCUACAGAAAUAAAUAAAAAUGGUACAAAGCUAAAACAAAAAAUAAGUACUCCUGCUUAGAAGUACUGGUUCACCUUUGCAUUUUAUUGAAGAAGAAGAAAAAAGGAAAUGAGUACAAUUUAAGUGCUCUCCCUAGCAAUGAUAGUUACAUAAGGUUUUUAUUUUUAAAUGGUUAUACUAGUUUGUUUUUUUUUAAUAAGGGAAAAAUGAAGACAAUGUAAUUGACCCCAGAUGCGCACACACAAACACGCAUACACACAAUAUAUGCUCUUUCAUGAAAGUGCACAUUAUAUAUGGAAACAUAUCUCUAAUGCAAACUUGUGUCAAAAUUGUAUGCUUCAUUCCCAUGUGAUCGAUGGAGUUCCUUACACACUUUUUCAACCCUACCCACCUUGCUUUUCAAUUUGUGCAAUAAGAGAUACAUAAAUAAACUGCUUAUAGAAA